CAGGGCGGUGUCGGAAACGGCGGCUUCAGGUGUUCUUACCCGCUUUAGUUUUCUCGUUGAAAACUCACUCCCAGUACCUGCGUCCAGAAAUCACGGGACCCGCAGCGAAGGAGCCAGGGUGCAUGUCGAUGAAGAUAAGAAACCCGAUCGGAAAGACUUUCAUAGCAACCCCUUUCUUUAUUUCUUUAUUUCUUUAUUUCUUGUGUCAUUUUAUUUCUGGUUUUACCAGCUGUUUUAAAAAUCUAAUGCGUGGCGGAUCUUAACACCGCCGCCACAGAGAGUUGAAUUUUAACUCAGCCUGGUCAUUUGCCGGCGGUGUUGACUCUCUUUCCAGUGUUAGCACGACGGCAACUCAAGCGCAGAUACCGGCAGGGAGGCGCGGCGGUGUUUAGACUCAGCUCAGAGAUAAAGAGGCAGCGCUCGUUCUGGGACAUUUCUUCUGUGCUCGGUGGUCGAUUCCUAUGUAGCUGGCAGGGGAGCUGGCUGGCUCUUGCACAGAAACACAGCGACGCGAGAAGCCUGAAGGGACUGGAUUCGCUCUGGACUCUGACACUGGGUCUCCCCUGCCUGCUCCAGCCGAAGUGUGUAUGGAAUGCCACGCCCUUCUCCGCCCCCGUGCAGUGAGGAAACCAUGUCUGACUCUGCAGAGCACAGGCAGUGCACUGACGCCGGGGAACCACCAGAGGGUGGCAGUGAGCCGCACGUCACAGAGAUGGAGGCAGAGAAGAGCGAGGACCUGCUGGAGAGACUAAGAGCGCUGGAGGCAGAGAACUCUGCUCUGGCCCUGGUCAAUGAGAGUCAGCGCGAAGCCUAUGAAAGAUGUUUGGACGAGGUGGCUAACCAUGUGGUACAGGCACUUCUUAAUCAGAAGGACCUGCGUGAGGAAUGCAUCAAGCUGAAGAUGAGGGUGUUCGAUCUGGAGAGGCAGAACCACACCCUGAGCGAGCUCUUCCAGCAGAGACUGCAGGGCACGCCUGGCUCACUGGUGCAGCAGACGUCAGAGCCCGUCCAAGAGCAGGUAUCGGAGACGGAGCUUCGUGACCCUGAGAAGAUGAGAGGCUCUCUCACUGGGGCACACGUGAAGACAGACUAUGAGAGAACGAGAAAUGGCAGCACUGGAGCAAAGGCCCCCGCGGGCUCCAUGGACGCGCUGUCUCCGUUCUUCAAGAAGAAAGCGCACAUCCUGGAGGUCCUGAGGAAGCUGGAGGAAACCGACCCGCUCAAGUUCCUCCCGUCUUCCAGCCUCUCCUCCUUCAAGGACUUCGGCCCGACCUUUGUGGGGGGGGAGUAUUCCGCACGACCAAUACAGCCGACUGGGAACGCCGGGCGGUCCGGCCUCAAUUCGGACCUUCACGAGUACGUGAAUGGGGAGGGGACGCUUCCCGAGGACAGCGGGACGGAGUACGAGAGCUGCCAGUCCUGCCUCGCGUUCUCGCACAAAAGCUUGGACGGCCUUUUCAAGCAGAAGGAAAGUGACAGUGAGAACUCCUUUGCUGUGAGCCCUGCUAAAGAGGAGAAGCAGAGUCCUGCUGACUCCAGCAGCACAAACCCCAAACAGCCUUCUGUCUCGGGGCGACCCGUCCCAGCUGCAGACAGCACAAGCGACCCCGGCAUGCACAGCAGCAGCACGGCAGCCGAGACUUCUUCCUCGGAUGUUGGUCCGAGCCCUGGUGCUGAGCUCAAACCUCUUUCGGGCACAGAGUCGUACCUCAGUUCCCUUAUAAUAGACGUAGAACUAAAGGGGUCUCGUAGCGGGGAAACCCUAGAUUCCUGCUUGGUUGAUGGCAAAAUGAACCUUUCCCUUCACAUCCCUGGUGCUAAUAACACUCCUCAGUGUAAAUCUGUACAAAGUGAAAGCUGGAAUGAAAUUUCAAGAAUGGACAAGCACAUGAAAACUGUAAGUAAUCUGAACUCGAGCGGAGCGCCAGUUAUCAGCACAGAGGAAAGUUUCCUCAAACUGGAAUGUUACAAAGACUACAACAGCAGAGACCAAACAGAAGGGGCAAAUCCAAAAACCAGCUUAUAUACCACUACCUCAAAUCUGACUGUUUCAGGAAAAUCCGACGCUCCCCAGAUUGCGUGUUGGGAGCCGGAAUCUAAUAAGCAGAUCUGUAAUGGUUUAUACUUUUCUAACAAGGCUUGCUCCUCCAAAAAGGUCUCUGUAGACUUGCAUUUGCCUUCAGACUUGACCGAGAAAAAUAACCAGAGUUUCCUGCAGCAGUCAACUCCAGGGAAAGCUAAACUGAUCUUGAGCCCCACCUCCCCUUUGGGCUUGGCCGAGCCCAAGUCCUCUCCCAUCUCCUCCCCGUCCAGGCUGCUCAAGUUCCUGAAGAUCCCGUCCGUGGGAGAAAGAGUUCAAGCCGCAAACCCGCUGCGGCUCAGCCCGCAGCUCACGCGCAGCUCCAAGAUUCCAUGCAGGAACAAUAACUACGAGGUCUGUCACUCUCCCGGGAUGGCACGGAGAACAGUUACUGCAGAGAGUGACAGACCCCAAGCAGCUUCAACCAAGAGCGACUUGUAUCCUUCCACGCAUUCUGCGCCGACCUCUCCUCCAAAGCCUGAGGCCAGUCUGGCCAUGCAAAACGAAACCACCUACAGCAGCCACUCCACUCCCAAAGCCGGCAGGCACCCCAGUGCAGCAAACUCUUCCAAGCUGGUGUCUGUAGGCCAGCAGGCCAGAUUCUCCCAAAAGGUGCCCAACUACGAGAAUGUGUCUGAUAUUUCCGCGGGCUGUGCCAGCGAAGGUUCGACACAGUUUCUAGAAAAGGUGCACCAAACUAAACUCCCUUCCUGUUCAGAAGCGCCUUUGAACUCCUGUCAGUCUGCAUCUUUGGACGAUAAAUUGAACAGCCCUGACUGGCACCAAGCUUACGUGGAAUCCCCAAGUCCAGCCCCUUCUUCAGAUGCCAGAAGCAUCUCUGUUGUAGUGGAUCAGGAAAUGUACACAGAGAGUCUGGUGUGGUACAAACUUCAUGAUCACCACAGUUUGCCCAGCGUGUCUGUAAGCCACAAGUCCCAAAACAGUCAUUCGUACUCGAGCAUGAAGGACAGGCAGUUUGAGAGAACGGUGCCAGAAUCUGUGGUUCAGAACGUCGAGUCGUCUCUCCAGCCUCCCGUCUCUAAGAAAGCAGAGGCUUCUUCCUCGCACAAAAAGCCAGUAGCUGGAAAACCUCAGAGUGAAUCUGGACACCUUCCGUUCAAGGAGCGUUUAGCCGCUCUAGGGAAGCUGAAAAGUAUUGAAGACCCACCACAGCAGCUUGGGACAUCCGACCUGGCCUCCCCCUUGGAAAAGAAGGACAUUCAGCACAACGGGAAGUUCUCUGCACCCGGAAAUAAUGAGAAAAGUAAAACGGCUGAAAGGCAAGGCGACAAGAAUGCUGGGGGUCCAGACCCCAGGCAUUCGAAAUACACAGAUUCCCUUGACGGCAAACCUCACCCCAAGCCAAACCUGGGCGGGUAUGGGCAGAAACUCCAAGGCCCCUGUCCUGCUUACGAAUCUGGAGUCAAGUCUUUCCAGUCAAGCUCCUCAAAUCCCAGGGUGGAGCUUGAAAUGUAUGCUUCCAGAGUCUAUGUAGCAAAAGCCGAGAUCAGUAAAAGCAAGGCUGGUGUGCCUUCCUCCACUUCCUCUCUCGACUCUCCUCAGGUUUUGAGAAACUACAUGAAAUGUGUGAACGGUCAGAGCCCUUCUUCCAACAAUAAAACUGUGACCAGCCCCCAGGGCAGUCCUACAAAGGCACCUUCCAAAUCUCUGUCCAAACCUCCAAGCCAGGCUUGUCUCAAGGGAGCAAGACAAGAGGAACUGAGGUCGUCCGCGGCUCAGAAAAGAAGCCCCAAGACUUGGCCGAAUGGCGAAGCAGACAGAAGCAAGAUUCAAGCGCUGAACGAAAAGAACCACGUGUGCCCCGAAAGCACUUCCCCUUCCUCCAGCAAGGCUCCUCAGCCAGAUCUCAAUGGGGACCAGGGGCCUCCUGCUCCAAGUAGCCAGUCUGCCAUCGAAGAGAAGGUCAUGAAGGGGAUCGAGGAGAACAUGCUUAAGCUGCAGGAGCAGGACCGGGGUCAAGUGGCCGAAGUCAAGCAGAAAGCGUCCAGUGGGAUAGCCAGCUGGUUCGGCUUAAAGAAGAGCAAGCUGCCCGCGCUGAACCGGAAAGCUGAGCCUUGCAAGUUCAAGGAGGACAAGAAGGAAUGGAAGCUGGGCGCGUCCUCGUCUUCCAGCAAGGACACCAAGAAGAAGCUGGAAGUGGAGAGCCUCAACAUCUCCAAGCUGAUGGCCAAGGCAGAGGACCUGAGGAAGGCUCUGGAGGAGGAACGAGCCUAUGUCAAUGGCAUGGCCCAGGACAAGCCCAGCGGCAGGGGGCACCCUGGCGACAUCGUCGUGGAGCAAACGCAGAACGAGCUGUCCGUCAUGUACAGACAGGUGGCCUCGGACACCUUCAUGCAACAGCUGCUGAACAGGGUUGACGAAAGGGAUGUUCCCUUUAGUAACUGUGUGGACCACAGACGGCUCUCCUUCGACGCCAAGAAAUCCCGUCCCUUCAGCUCCCAGAGGAAUGGGGUUAUCGGCCACAUCAAGCGCAGAGAAGACUCGCCGGGGGCAGACAAGGGACUGGACCUGGUCUGUAAAGAUGACGUCACUGCUGAUGAAAGUCUGGUCAGUUCACAGCAUUUUGCAGGUUCUGGUUCCUCCACAAGGACUCUGGACAGCGGGAUCGGCACCUUCCCUCUCCCCGACUACGCAGGCAGUCCGGCAGGGAAAAGCAUCCCGAAAGUGAACUCCCGGUGCGAACAGGAAUCCAGUCCCCAGGGGAAACUCGGACCUGGAACAAAAGUGCCCCGCAAGGCCAGAACCUUGGAGAGGGAGCUUUCCUCUUUGGAUGAAACGUUUGCCCCGGAAAAUUACUUCAGACCCGCCUUGUACAGCACAGCGCUGGAGAACAAGGGUUCGUCAAGCCAUCUUCCACAUGCCGUCCCAGGAGAUGUUGAUGCUUAUGGACCUCACGUACGAUCCCCGUCAUCCAAGCACUGGACCUUCCCCAGUCUGAAAGGCUCCAGCGCCUCGAGCGACGUGGAUCUGGGCGUGGCUGGAGACUUGGACAUGGCGCCCCACGGCCCGCAGCUCAGAAGGAAUGUGAAGCCCUGCGCCAGGCCGGGCCGGGACCCCGACUCCUCCACCAGCCUGCCCUCCUCCCUGGGGCUGGGCCGCCGGGUGAAGGGCCGGGCCUGCGGGUCCACGGAGAUGGGGAAGGACGGAGGAGGAGGGGGGGUGGUGGAGGUGGGGAAGGAGCGGCAGGAAGACAUGCUGUCCCCAAACAGGCCGUCUGUCCUGGAGACCCCCGAAUCGCUGAGCGACUCCCUCUACGACAGCCUCUCCUCCUGCGGCAGCCAGGGCUGAACCAUCGUCCGGGGACAGACGGCCAGGAGCCUGCCUCUCUCAGCCGGACAGUGGGAGCCUCGCUGGGGAGACCUGAUCAGAUCUGUGCGCGUUCGCGACUGUCGGGACCUCCUUCCUGAACGGGACUCUUAAUGGACUGGUGUGUUUUGUGGAAGGUGCUGGACUGACUGUUCAGAGUGUUUUGUUAAUCCCUAGAGCAGCUACAGUGACACGCACACGCCCCUUAGGAAGAGGUAAAGGUAUGUUACUGGAAGUUUUGCAGAAAUGCUACAGUAUUUGGCAACUCGUUUUUAAUUUGCAGUAGUGAAGUGUAAUGCUGCCUCCAGGUAGGGAUAGGUUGCUAUAAUUCAUGGCAGGAGCUGAACGUUCAUUCUGUGCUGGAGGAGGAGGAGCUCAUUCUUCACCCUUCUGUUCUUGGUUUCCACAGACCUUCUUUUUUUUAUUAAAUUAUUUUUUAACUUUUUUGUUUUGCGGCUUUUCCCGAGGUUGGGUCACAAACUUUAUAAAUGGAGAAUAAAAACUUUUUGAGAUGUUUAUUUAUGUCUGAUCUGCAAACCGAACGCCUCGUCGCAGCGUGACUGAGGUGGUUAUCUGUGUAGCUUAAAAUAUAGCUUAAAUAUAGCAAGAGGUAUAGCAUUACAGCAGGAGCAGAAACCACCAAAAACAUCCCCUUUUAAUACAGUGUGAGAAGAAUCUUUGAAAGUUUGGCAAGCCCGCUACGUUUUGCUUUCGGGACUUGCAGCUGCCAGCCUGCCCCCUGCCUCUUCAUCAGAAGAUGAUUUGGGUUGCAGCUGAAUGAACAGAAGCGUGGCAGAUGCUGUUCAGCAGCGAUGAGGAGACCCUGAACAGAGCUGCUCGUGCAGAAUCGCUCCCCCUGCAAGCCCAUUGCAUUCAUAUUAAUAUUGUUCUUAUUUAUUAUUGUUUGUUGUUAAAGUUUCUUGUGCUCGUUGGCGCAGAAGUGGAGCUCAUCUCCACCAUACAGCAGAAACAAGGUUAACCUUCGUGAUUCUGUGCAAGUGACAGUUUGGACUUCCGGGGAGUCUGGGUGUGUCUGAUCUUUGUGUGGUUUAAGAAAAAAAAAAAAAAAAAAAAAACACUUGUGUUAUUAUUAUUAUUAUUAUUAUUAUUAUUAUUAUUAUUAUUAUUAUUUCAAGGUGUUGCGUACUGUUCUGUCCUCCAGAGGCUAUAAGAAAGUGUUCAUGUAUUUUAAUAACAAACACAACUCCAAGGCAGUGGCUUGAACAGAAAUACAAGAAAUCAAACCAAAAGCAAAUAAAAACGACCUCUUGACGCUGUGUGUGCCUAUUCUUUU